AUGGUCGUCUACGCGGGCCACGACACGCGGACGCUGAAGAACUCCCGCUCCGCCCGCUUCAAGCCUUCAGCGCUGGAUGUGCGGCUCAAUGGUGUGGUUGCCAUGAUUUUCGCCGUCCAGAUGUCUAUCUGCUUUUUCAUUUCGCUCUCCAGCUUUAUGUGGCAAAGUCUCCACGGGCACAAGGUGUGGUACCUGGAAGGGCUGCCUCAGUAUUUGAACCCGCUGAGGCAAGUGGGCAUCUGGUUCCUGAUGUUGAACAGCAUGGUGCCUAUCUCGUUAAUGAUCACCGUGACGGUGGUGAAGUUUGCGCAGGGGAAGAUCAUGUCCCAGGAUGCGGGAUGCGGUAGCAACGGCAAGAACGCCGAAGUCCACACCAGCCAGGUGAUUGAUAGCCUGGGGCAGGUGACGCAUGUCUUCUCGGACAAGACGGGCACUCUCACACAGAAUGUGAUGGAGUACCGGGCCUGUUCCGUCGGGGGCCGGAUCUACGGCCCCUUGGUUGGGCCGAAAGGAUGCCCUUGCCCCAUUCCGAUAGGCAGAUCGAAGAUGAAAACCCGCAACCCCGCAAGCUUCUAG